UUUCCGGUACGACGUCGACAAAUCUGACACUAGUUAAACUGUAAACUGAAAGCCCAGCGAAUAACGAGAAAACUGUUUUACAGUAGCAGAAGGAGGAGUAGUAAUCGCUCUCCUACUCUAAUUUAGUGAGGCUUUAGUGAGGCUGACCAGUGGUUGUUGCUUGGAUGAAAUCGUGUGUCUGAUGUGAGACUUCCUGGUCACGCAUUUUCACAGGAACUAGAAAACGGAAUUUGUUAGGUUUCCGUCGACGGGCCAGUACAGUGCAUUUAUAACAUUACAACGUCAUCUCGACGGUGUUGGUAAAUAUUUGUUUUUCGUCUAAGUUAGCAAAAAACAAAACAGAACAAAACAAACGUAAACGUUAAGGCUUUACUUUGCUCAAAUAAUGUCUACGUCGACUGGAUGCUCCCCACCGGGCCAGAACUCAGGCCUUGGCCCAAGUAUGUCCAUGUUUCGGUGGCUAGAAGUGCUGGAGAAAGAAUUUGAUAAGGCUUUCGUGGAUGUGGAUCUGCUGCUUGGAGAAAUAGACCCAGAUCAAGUGGAUAUAACGUAUGAGGGACGGCAGAAGAUGACCAGCCUAAGCUCCUGUUUUGCUCAGCUCUGUCACAAAACCCAGACUGUUUUCCAGCUCAACCAUAAACUAGAGGCUCAGCUGGUGGACCUGCGUUCUGAGUUGACCGAGGCCAAAGCUGCACGGGCGGUGGCAGAAAGGGAGGUACAUGACUUGCUCUUGCAGCUUCAUGCUCUCCAACUACAGCUUCAUGUCAAGCAAGGCCAAGCUGAGGAGUCUGAUACCAUCAAAGAUAAAUUGCUUACACCAACCUUGGAAGAAAGGGAGCAGGAGCUCGAGGCCAGUAAGAAGGAGAAAUUAGCAGAGGUGAAGCUGGAGGCAGAAGCAAGACUAUAUAAGAAAGAAAACGAGGCACUUCGCAGGCACAUGGCAGUACUGCAGGCUGAAGUCUAUGGAGCCAGACUGGCUGCUAAAUACUUGGAUAAGGAACUUGCUGGCAGGGUGCAGCAGAUCCAGUUACUGGGUCGGGACAUGAAAGGACCAGCACAUGACAAGCUUUGGAAUCAACUGGAGGCAGAAAUUCACCUUCACCGCCAUAAGACUGUUAUCCGAGCGUGUAGAGGUCGAAGUGACCCUAAGAGACCUCUUCCCUCUCCUGUGGGACAUGACCCAGACAUGCUGAAGAAAACACAGGGAGUUGGCCCUAUCAGAAAGGUUGUGCUGGUCAAAGAGGAUCACGAGGGGCUAGGAAUCUCAAUUACAGGUGGGAAGGAGCAUGGCGUUCCCAUUCUAAUUUCAGAGAUCCAUCCAGGUCAGCCUGCCGACAGAUGUGGAGGUCUGCAUGUCGGAGAUGCCGUCCUUGCUGUUAAUAGUAUCAAUUUGCGAGAUGCCAAACAUAAGGAAGCCGUCACCAUUCUGUCUCAGCAGCGAGGACAGAUAGAGUUUGAGGUCGUGUAUGUGGCUCCAGAAGUGGACAGUGAUGAUGAGAAUGUGGAGUAUGAGGAUGACAGUGGCCAUCGCUACCGACUCUACCUGGAUGAGCUGGAUGAGAGCAGCACGGCACCACCUAGCAACAGUUCAGCAUCACUUCAAGCUCUGGAGAAGAUGUCACUGAGCAAUGAACCAGAGAAUGGAGAUACUGGGAUAUCCAGUGAGCCACCUUCAGACGAAACCCCUUCGAAACCUCUAGAAACUGCCUGCUCUUCCUAGAAGCUUGUAAAAAGAAUGUAAGAAGAAUGUGGAGACAUGAAAAAAGCUGAAGCAAAAUUCAGUGACAAUCCUAGGGACAAGGGAAAGGGAACACAUACAUCCUAUUUUCCUUUUCUCGGAGUGAUGUAAUUUGCAGGGGUUUUUCUGGUCAUGCAACCUUGGUUUGGGGUUAAAAGUACUUAUUGUUAAAGCAGUGGUAUCCACAGAGGGGCGUGACACUGGACACUGAUAAACUUGGGUAUCUAAAUUUCUGAAGACAAGUGAGAAUUAACAGAAUAACUGUAGGAGCAAUAACCACAGAUGAUAGACCACCGAGCUGUCAUGGAGGUUUGUGACUUUGGUGAGAGGUUACUCUUACUGAAAAUAUUGAUUUUGAGGAGGCACUUGUUUUGCUUUAUUUUGUAUAGUUACCCAUGUUAUCAGAGCAUAGCCUAGAAAUGAAAAAAAUUUGUUUUUGUUUUUUACAAAAAGAGGAAAAUUCUGUUGCCCUCGUUCUCAGAUCUAAGUCAGUGUAAAACAAAAACAUUCAUGCUCAUUAAAAUGAGAUGUUCAAUUAAAAAAAAUAUUUAAAUUUGAAAAAACUUGUGAAAUAUUGUUUGGAAAAAUGUCCUGUGUUGCAUUAACACUACAUUGUUUUAGAAGGUUGAUAUGUGUUUGGUUGGUGUUUGCUCAACAACUUUAUUAGACCACCACCUAUUUUAAGGUUUAUGCCACAGGUUCCCUAAAUUAACAGUAUUGCUAAUUAGGUUAAAUGCAAGCAGUAUAUGCAAGCUCUUUGACUGUAAUAUUUUAAAUGCUAAUAAAUAGUUGUUGUUAUCCAUGAUUUUUCAAAUUUAUUGUUUUACAAGAAAGUUGAAAAAAAUAGUAGAGCACAUUUUUGUUUUUUAAUUAAGAUGCCAAACUGAACAGAGAAAUCAGUUUUAGUGGUUGAAUGUUAUGCUUAGUUCUUAGGGAAGUCUUAAUCUGGGUAUUAAAAACAUGAAUUCAGUUAAUUUAGCCUUUGGUAGUUUUUAAACAUUUUUGACCGAUUUUGAAAUAUUUGGGUUUUUUUGUUUUUAUUACAGGUGGUUUAAUAAAUUUGUUACGCACUGUGUAUGUACACACACACACACACACACACACACACACACACACACCAUCAAUUUCAUUUGUUACACCUUGCUAGCACCAGGUUGGACCACCUUUUCCUAUUAGAACUACCUUAAUUCUUUAUGGCACAGUUUCAACCAGGUGCUGGAAACAUUUCUCAGAUUUUGGUCCAUGUUAACAUUUGUCUGCUCUCAUCCAUGAUGUGAAUAUCCCAUCCCACUACAUCCCAAAGGUGCUCUAUUAUCUCAUCUGAGAAAGUACAUCUCAGUCUUUUGCUUUUAUUGUAACCUAAUUUAAUACCACAUUAAUAAUAAUCAUCCAUAUAGUGACUAUUAUAAUGUAGAAUUAACAGUGUACAUAGAAAAAACAAAACAUGACAUAAAAACAGAUCUCAAGAUUAAAUACUUAAAAUCACUGAGUGACCACAUUUUACAAUAAUAAAAUGAAUAAAACCGAUAACCGAAGGGCACCUUUAAAAUGGGAAACAAAGGGUUAGUGGGUUAGGCUUAGUGGACACAGCAGAGCUACAACCAUAGGCAUACAUAUUUAGAGAAGUCCAAACUGAUGACUGAUACGGGGACAGCAUCAGUCACCAAAAUACCACGGCACACAUGAAUUUUUCAGAACCUGGCAAACAACAAACCAUGAGAUGUAAACAGGAGCGUUCUCCACAAGGUUACCAAAGCAGUUUGGUAGGUAGCUACGGUCACACACAGUUGCAGGAAUGUUGGCAAAAGUGGACAGGUGGAAGUGCUUUAGUUUCCUCUGCAGCUGGAGAAAGGGACACCUCAAAAGCAAUUUGUGCAUUGUCAUGGGAAUGUGCUUGUAUUUGGUGAUGCAGAAAAUGUAUGAAUGUUAUUAUACUGGAUUCUAAGCUGCUUCUACGUCUCUUUUACACUGGUGGAACUACACCUACUAGAACACAGAAUACACACCAAGAAUACCUGUUCAAUCAAUAAAAUAAUUUUUACUUUGA